AUGGCUAAACCAAGGAAUCGUAAAUUAAUAGGUAGCGACGUCGUGUCGAUACUACUAUUUGGAGCCCCAAACUGGGCAGAUAAAAUGAGCGAAUCGGGAAAGAACGAACUCCUAAAAACGCAGCGUAAAACAAACUUAAGAAUUGCAUCCGCAUACUCAACGAUCUCCACGGAAGCCUCCCAAGUACUGGCCGACUUUCCAUCCAUAGAUUUGCUGGCCAAAGAACGAAGAGAAGUAUAUUUAGCAAAGCUAACAUUCGCAGAUCCGGAAGUGCCCAAGAGAGAUCCUAGAGAAGAGCUUCUUUCACAAUGGCAAAUCAGAUGGGAUUGUCCAUGA